AGUCGCUGCCUUUUCAGUGCAAAAGUAUGGAUGGCCGUGUUUACAUCAGCGCAGGUUACAGUUGACUGUAAUUCGUGACAUGUUCGUUUAAAAUAGGAAAUAUUGGGUAUUUUCGUCUUGAAUAAACCAGCAAUGCUGUGCUUUUAGUUGUACUUACGAAGAGAAGAAGAGAUGGAUGCAGCAAGAAGAAUAAUACGGCUGAUGAACAUCUGCAGAGCAAACUGGCAGAAUACAAAAGCAACUGCGUUGUGUAAAAAUCACUUCACUCCAGACCAGUUUGAAACCAACAAAGUUGAUGCAGCGGUAAAACUUAAACCAAAUGCUGUGCCAACCAUAUUCUGUUACCGUAAGCCACCAGUGGCACGUAAAGCUAUUGCUGAGAGGAAACCUGUUGGCCUACUAGAGAAACGUGCUGAGGAUACAGAGGCUGGACAGCCUUCAAAUGUGACCACAAUGGCAUCAAUCCUGCAGAGAACUUGGACCCAAUAGAAGAUGAAGUCACCACCCUGAAGAACCAAGUAAAACAGCUUCAUGCUGAAAUUGAAGUUUUAAACUAAAAACUCAACCUCUCUUCUUUUGUGCCUUUUACUAAAGACAACCUCCUUUCCAGUGUGCACGGUUUAUUCGGUGCAGAUCAGUUCGCAAUAUUAACGAAGGGGAAAUAGUGCAGGAAGGGCUGAAAAUUAGACUAGCUUGUGGUGGUAUGGGGUGCAAAGUCCUGCUGGAAAAUAAACUUCCAUUUCCUUCAGACAGAACCGUGAGAUGUUCGCUACAGAAUGUAAAAUUUAGGCCUGUUGUGCUGAGGGAGCUCAUAAGUUCGCUGAAAGUCAAGCUUGGGCACAUGUUACCAGGGGAGAAACAUAGUGUUCUCGUGAUGGAUGAGUUUAGUGUCAAUCUAUCAUUCGAAUAUGAUUGAAGCAAUGGCUGCAUCAUUGGUAAUCAUACCAUACCUCCAUCAAAUCUUGCCCUUGCAACAACUACAGCUUCUCAUGCAUUAGUUUUUAUGCUGGGUGGUACCACCUCAAGAUGGAAAGAAAUCAUAGGUUACCAUUACACAUGGCCAUCUUUUUUUCAGUUCUCAUGUCAAAGACAUCAUUAUAAACAUUAUUAGAGAAUCUCGGGCAUUCGUACAAUGUUCACUGCAUCGUGUCAGAUACGGCAGGGCAAAAUCGAACUGAAUGGCGAGAAUUUGGAAUUGUUGUUGAAAGGUUUUCAGAAUUAGUUUCUCCCAGUAUCCUUGUGAUAAUAAUAGGAAACUAAUUUUCCUCACAGAUUCACCACACAUUUUGAAAAAUAUGAGGAUUCAGUUAGUCAAUGGGCAAUCAGUCUUCCUUUCACAAAAUGUUGUCGAGGAACGUGAUCUACCUUGUAAUAAGGUACAAAUAAAUCGUGUGUAACAGUGGCUUGAGAUAGACACUGGUUUAAGUCUUAAACUGAUACCAGAACUGCGUGAGGGGUGUCUGAGGCCAAACCAUUAUGAGAAAAUGAAAGUUGGCUCGGCUACUGCCCUAAUUAACAGCGAGACUGCAGCAGCCAGUGAGUAUGCUGUCAAGACAGAGAAACCGCAGCAAAAUACUUUAACCACAGCACGGUUUCUAAAGCACGUUCGUGAGUGAUCUUGCCUCAUGACAUCCAGAGCUCCAGUUAUGGCUCUGAGUUGUUCUGAUGAACAAACAUACAGUGAGGCUCUCUGCCAUCUUUAGGACACUGUGAUUAUUUGAAAACUUGGAAAUUGGCCUGAACAGUGCCUGGAAACCAAUUCAGUCUGGCGUAAUUUUGAUAACUGCCAGUAUUUUGGAAUUUUAGGACACAUUCCUGAAUGAGAAUAAAUUUAAAUUUUUGCUGUCGAGUAGAUUUACAAAAGAUCCUUAGAAAAUCUGUUUUCAGUGGUCAGGUUCAAAAGUCCCAUACCAGCACCACAAGAGUAGAAAUUGGCACUGAGGGUUAUUGCUCUUUCUCUGAUCUUUAUUACUGUCACAGAUAAUAAUGAAAAUAAAAUUAAUGGGGGAAUCGCUAAGUGAAGAUGAGGAUAAGUGUUCCGAGGAAGUCGAUGAACCCCCUUCGUAACGCUGUGUGUGAUGGUGAGCACCAGUCUCUCUACUAUUUAUGUGGUCACACUGUUAGGCAAGUUAUGAAGCGUCACGAACUUUGCAAAUUUUUCGAGGGGAGCCCAAUAGCGUCUAGAGAAAAUGUCUGUAUGUCUGUGAACGUGCUUUUACAACUAAAAUCCUUUACAGAGACCUCACUUAUUGAGCCAGCAAGUGAGGUUUUGUUUGUAUUUCAAAAGGCAGAGGUGUAGUUGAGAAGCAAACAACAAGAUGUUACUCUCAGGUGAACUGUUGAUCUCUGAUGUAGCCACUUCCGUGGUUGCGUCAGUGGAGGAGAAAGUAGUUUUCCCAGCCUGCCACAGUGUACAGGAGAAAAUAAUUCACAGCUUCCUGGAAACAAGAAUUCAUCUGCUUCUAAGGGAGUGAAAUAAGAUACAAGGUUUAGUGACACAAGGCAGUAGAAGCGUGGCCAUGAGGAAGUAGUGCAGAAACUGUGACUUCCAAAAUCACUUUUUACUAAAUGAUUUGAAAAAUUAACAUACAUUAGCAUGUUGAGACAUAAAAUCUGUGUUAACGAUUUUUCUUCAAAUGUUCUCAUUUUUCUUUUACAUACAGUUGUUUUUAUAUUUUUGUUUUAUGUUUCUUUCUCAGAGUGUGGAGUGCUUUUAUUAUCUCAUGUAAUAUUUGCUACAUUUUGCAAGUAGAGUAUACCCCUGUCAAGGGUUCAGAAUGAUGCAUAUAUAAAUAAAAACUUCAUCUUUCAACCUGUGUA